AUGGAACUGUUGGAAGUUGACAAUGAGUUGUCACAAUUGUCACGAAGCGGAAGUUUUCGGCAGCAACGGCGCCCUUGUGUCGAUGGUAAUUGAUUGACAAAUGUCAUAUUUGGCAAUGAUUGACGAAUGUCUUCCGACAAUUGUCAUCAUUUGUUUUUGAGAACUUAGUUUUGCGAGUUUUUUGCUAAAAAUUGUGGUUUUGUCUCUGAAAAUUGAUGUUAAAGCUUGUUAUUAACUAAUUUAAAAAUUGCCUGGUGUACGACCCGUAUUUUACACAUUUUUAAAUAUGUCUAAGUGUCAAGGUAGCAAGACUGACCAAGGUAGGAGCAUAAAAAUGGCAAGAACUGGCUUUAGGAAUUGAGAAAUGGCAAGAACUUUCUUUACAAAACAAAAAAUGACAACAACUUUGUUUCCAAAACAAAAAUUGGCAAGAAUUUUCUUUACAAAACGAAAAAUGGCAAGAACUUUCUUUACAAAACAAAAAAGACAAGAACUUUCUUUACAAAACGAAAAAUGGCAAGAACUUUUUUUACAAAACAAAAAAUGGCAAGAACUUUCUUUACAAAACAGAAAAUAGCAAGAACUUUCUUUACAAAACAAAAAAGACAAGAACUUUCUUUACAAAACGAAAAAUGGCAAGAACUUUUUUUACAAAACAAAAAAUGGCAAGAACUUUCUUUACAAAACAGAAAAUAGCAAGAACUUUCUUUACAAAACAAAAAAGACAAGAACUUUGUUUACAAAACAAAAAAUGGCAAGAAUUUUCUUUAAAAAGCAAAAACUGCAAAAACUUUGUUUACAAAACAAAAAAUGGCAAGAACUUUUCUGUUUCUUUUUAUUGUUAAAUUAUAAAUUUAAAAAAUUAAAUUUUUUAAAAACUAAAAUCAAAAAAAUUUUUUAUAUGUUAUUUUUGCUUUUUAACAAUAUAAUGUCCCAAUUUUCAGCCAUGAUAACCCUGUACGAGCAGCUCCAACUUCAACAAAUACAAGCCAAUUCGGCUAUGUCAUCUUCAUCUCAUGCUCAAGCCAUUCAGACGAUAAAAUGUGUAGUAGAAGGAGAUCGUCGAGUUGGUCGCUCAUCUCUACUCAAAGUAUAUACAGGUGAAAUGGACGAAAGUUGCUUUGAUGAGCCGGUCUGUUCGUCUGAAAACGCUCACAAAUGGUCUGUAAAUACAUAUCCAAGCAGAAAAGGAAGUGAGGGUCUGGUGGAAAAUGGCGGAGAGGACUGUCUUAAUGAAAGUAAGCCAAGCUGGUCUUAUUUAAGAGUCUUAGCCCAGAGCCCCAGCCCAGAGCCCUAGCCCAAAGCCCUAGCCCAGAGCUCUAGCCCAGAGCCCUAGCCCAAAACCCUAGACUAGAGCCCUAGCCCAGAGCCUCAUCCCACAGCACUAGCUUUAGCUUUAGCAUUAGUUCAGCCUUGGUUUUAGUUUUGGCAUUAUCUUCAGCCCUAACCCCAGAUUUACCCCUAGCCCUAGCUCAGCUUCAGCCACAACCAAAAUUCUUAUUUUUUAAUUUUUUUAGGUUUAACUAAUGCAGAAAACGGCUAUAAUAAUUUACAAACCAUUACAAAUUCUUCAAAUCAUGUACAAUUUGAAGAAGUGAAUAAAACCAGCUCAACAAACAAUGAAAAUCAGUCUUCAAACUCUCUAAAAGCAUCCUCAAACUCUCCUCAAUCUACUUCACCUCUAAUCAAAUCACUGCAAGUUCGAACGACAUCUCCAAACUCUUCUAUAACCGAGGUUCCAACCUCUACUAGUGUACAGAAAGGUCUUAAAAACCCACAAAAUACCUCAGCACUACGCAAUUUUUCGGCCGAACUACGAAUGGACGGAAGGCCAAUCUACCUGAUUAUGCAUGAAACUGAAGCCGGCUCUGAUUUUGACCAUCUGAGAAGGCUACACUACGCUGAAACUGACUGCUUUGUACUUUGUUUUAGUGUGGUUAAGCCUGAAACUUUUGAAUCGAUUAGGAACUUUUGGUAUAUGGAAGUUAUUGAACAUUGUCAGAAGUGGCCUACUAUCAUUUUAGUUGGUAUGUUCAUAUUUUUUAUGCUUUUGAUUCUACCCUACCCUACCCUACCCUACCAUAUCUUACCCUACCGUAACCUACUCUCUCCUACAUUACCCUACCUUGCCUUACCAUACUGUAUGCUACUAUAUCUUACAGUACUCUACCGUACUUUACCGUACCUUGCCUUUCCUCGCCUUACUUUGCCCUAUCCUACUUAUCUUACAUUGUUUAUUCUAUCUUCUUUUACUUUUCCGUAUCCUACCGUACUCUACUUAUCCUACAUUGCUCUAUCUUCUUUUACUUUAUUUUAUCCUACUCUACUAUAUUCUGCUGUAGUUUCUCCAGCUUUAGCGUUGUUUAACUUAAUUGUGGAUACGAUCAUAAAUAUUACGUUACACAAAACUCAAUUUCAGGAACAAUGGUUGACCUCCGUGAAGACAUAGACAUCAUCAACGAUUUACAAGAACGUGGCAAACAGCCAAUUACGUGUGAACAAGGCUUACGGUUAGCCAAAGACAUUAAAGCAGCUAGAUAUCUCGAAUGUUCGGCUAAAACUAAAGUCGGAGUGUCUACUGUAUUUCAUGAAGCUGUACGAGCAGUGCUCGCCCCACCUGAAAUACCAAGUGGUACUAAGUUGCCUAAGGCGUUGCAGGAUGAUUGGAAUUGCUCAAUAAUGUGA